UCCAGAGAGACCUCCAGCAUCCCCGUCAUCCCUCUGGGUCUGAAGGAGACUAAAGACAUGGACUUCUCUGUGUCAUUCAAGGUAUUACAGACCACCAUUUCACCACUUUUUUGACAUUUAGGUCGAUUUAUCAGGCACUCUCAUCCAAGACCAACACUACAGUCACUACAGCAGCUGUUUCACAAUUCAUUGAUAUCAAUCUCUAUUCUCCAUUUGUUCACUAGUAUGUACUCAAUAUAUAAGGGUGCGUCCCAAAUUGCACCCUAUUCCCUAUGUUAUGCACUACUAUAUGGGCCCUGGUCAAAAGUAGUGCACUCCAAAGGGAAUACAGUGCCAUUGGGACGUGAACCAUUUGUUCACCAUUUUAGUUAGGUUCAAUAGAAUCAAGUUUAUAACCCCCUUGAUGUUUUGACCCUCAGCGAAUAGCUUUAUUAUUGUAAACUAGGUCACGGCUUUAUCAACCAGGGAAAAGACAACAGCACAGUAAGCCUACUGGUGGUGGGGAAUACCUUGAUGUCACCUUUUAUACCCCUGGGAGGUACAGAUAAGGGUUUGGCAGUAUCUAGAUGAUAGACUGAUGAUGAGUCCCAAAUAGCACCCUAUUCCCUAUAUAGGUCCCUUAUGUUGACCAGAGCCCAAUGGGCCUUUGGUCAAAAGUAGUGCACUAGGGAACGAGGUGCCGUUUGGGACUCCGACCUUCCUGUAUCUGUCUGACAAGUUAAGUGUGCCCUACUUUCUAGCCUGUAAUCAACCAGCUUUAAUUACCAGGUGUCGGUGACAUACUGUCUGGCUUCUAGCCAGGAGACGCAACACGGAUCGUCACGCUAGAGAGACACUUCCGCUGGGUUGGGCUCAGGUUUGGUUGGUUCUAGAGAGGGGAGAGAUGCAUACCUGUUAAAGCACCCUGGACUGGUGUUUUGAUGGGUUGUUGGCUCUAUAACAGUGGAUGGUGUUUUGAUGGGUUGUUGGCUCAAUAGGACAGUGGAUGGUGUUUUGAUGGGUCGUUGGCUCAAUAGGAUAGUGGAUGGUGUUUUGAUUGGUUGUUGGCUCUAUAACAGUGGAUGGUGUUUUGAUGGGUUGUUGGCUCUAUAACAGUGGAUGGUGUUUUGAUUGGUUGUUGGCUCUAUAACAGUGGAUGGUGUUUUGAUUGGUUGUUGGCUCUAUAACAGUGGAUGGUGUUUUGAUGGGUUGUUGGCUCUAUAACAGUGGAUGGUGUUUUGAUUGGUUGUUGGCUCAAUAGGACAGUGGAUGGUGUUUUGAUGGGUUGUUGGCUCUAUAAUAGUGGAUGGUGUUUUGAUGGGUUGUUGGCUCAAUAGGACAGUGGAUGGUGUUUUGAUGGGUUGUUGGUUCUAUAGGACAGUGGAUGGUGUUUUGAUGGGUUGUUGGUUCUAUAGGACAGUGGAUGGUGUUUUGAUGGGUCGUUGGCUCUGUGGGACAGUGGAUGGUGUUUUGAUGGGUCGUUGGCUCUAUAGGACAGUGGAUGGUGUUUUGAUGGGUUGUUGGUUCUAUAGGACAGUGGAUGGUGUUUUGAUGGGUUGUUGGCUCUAUAACAGUGGAUGGUGUUUUGAUGGGUUGUUGGCUCUAUAGGACAGUGGAUGGUGUUUUGAUGGGUUGUUGGCUCAAUAGGACAGUGGAUGGUGUUUUGAUGGGUUGUUGGCUCUAUAGGACAGUGGCUGGUGUUUUGAUGGGUCGUUGGCUCAAUAGGACAGUGGAUGGUGUUUUGAUGGGUCGUUGGCUCUAUAGGACAGUGGAUGAUGUUUUGAUGGGUUGUUGGCUCAAUAGGACAGUGGCUGGUGUUCUGAUGGGUCGUUGGCUCUAUAACAGUGGAUGGUGUUUUGAUGGGUCGUUGGCUCAAUAGGACAGUGGAUGGUGUUUUGAUGGGUUGUUGGCUCAAUAGGACAGUGGAUGGUGUUUUGAUGGGUCUUUGGCUCAAUAGGACAGUGGAUGUUGUUCUGAUAGGUCGUUGGCUCUAUGGGACAGUGGAUGGUGUUUUGAUGGGUCGUUGACUCAAUAGGACAGUGGCUGGUGUUUUGAUGGGUCGUUGGCUCAAUAGGACAGUGGCUGGUGUUCUGAUGGGUCGUUGGCUCUAUGGGACAGUGGAUGGUGUUUUGAUGGGUCGUUGGCUCAAUAGGACAGUGGAUGGUGUUUUGAUGGGUCGUUGGCUCUAUGGGACAGUGGAUGGUGUUUUGAUGGGUCGUUGGCUCUAUGGGACAGUGGAUGGUGUUCUGAUGGGUUGAGACUACUUUGUUUCAACAGGACUUAACAAGACUUUAUAACCGUGUGUUGAUGGUAUUUUCUCUGUUCUGUGGCGUUUUUUCCAGGACUUCAUCCUGGAGCACUACAGCGAAGACGGCUCCAGCUUCGAGGAGGAGAUUGCUGACCUGAUGGACCUGAGACAGGUACAUUCACCACAGGUCUCAUAGCAUUCUGCAUUGUCAGGGUGAAGCUGGGUUCUCUAUGGAAGCACCCCCACCACACACAUCUUGAGUCCUGUCUUGUUGUACAUACAGAAUAAGAGAGAACGGUCUUGUUGUAUUUUGACCUGCUUUCCCCACCGUACCCACAGGCCUGCCGUACCCCCGGUCGCAAUGACACCGGCGUCGAGCUCCUGGCCAAGUAUUUCAGCCACCUGCCUCUACUGGAGAGCCGCUUCUUCGCCCCUACCCGCCAGAUGGGCGUCUUCUUUACUUGGUACGUUCCACCUCACUGUCUCCACAACCCGGUCAAUCAUGGUAUGACCCAGCCCAGGGGUCCAGGUAUCUAUAGUACCUUCACCUCUCAUAUUCUAGUACUGUAGAUGGUUGUUUCCAUGUUGAAGAACCAAGCAGCCCGAUCUGAAUGAGGAGGAUACGCGCUCCAUUGGUCUGUUGUGUCUCCGUGGUAACCAUGUGUGAGGACAUUGCAUCUCUGAUAAGAUAACCAGAGUUCUCAAGUUUAUUUUAAAGAUGCACUAUGCAGAAAUCGCUCCGCCAUUUCCUGGUUGCAAAAAUUCUAAUAGUUUGCCUAAUUUCAGUUUAUUUUACAAAACAAGGAAGUAUAGUGUAGAGAAUCAUUGGACCAUCUAAACUGCUGUGAAAUAUAUUUUUAAUAACUACAAAUAUUGGAUUUUCAGCUGUUUGAAGCUGGUGUACAAAACCCAAAAUAAAAGACGCAAAAAUGAAACUUAAGAACAGGAAGCAUAGAAAUAGCGCACAUAGAACAGAUCUACCUCUUCUUAGACUGGCUUUCAAUGACAAUGACAGAUCUAUAACUCACAUUUCUGUGUGAAUUUUGUCGGGUCUCCCAAAAAUUUACAUAUUGCCGCUUUAAAGUGCAUUAUCACAAGGUUUCCUCCUACUUUAGAAAGAAUAUACAGACCUCACCACUGUCUGUCUGUCUGUCUGUCCCUCCAGGGGUCAACAUGGUGUUAUGAUUCUCCUGGUGACCUCACCACUGUCUGUCUGUCUGUCCCUCCCUCCAGGGGUCAACAUGGUGUUAUGAUUCUCCUAGUGACCUCACCACUGUCUGUCUGUCUGUCUGUCUGUCUGUCUGUCUGUCCUUCCAGGGUUCAACAUGGUGUUAUGAUUCUCCUGGUGACCUCACCACUGUCUGUCCCUCCCUCCAGGGGUCAACAUGGUGUUAUGAUUCUCCUGGUGACCUCACCACUGUCUGUCUGUCUGUCUGUCUCUCCCAGGUAUGACUCGUUCACAGGCGUUCCAGUUUGCCAGCAGAACAUCUCUCUGGAGAAGGCCAGUAUUCUGUUCAACAUCGGCGCUCUGUACACCCAGAUCGGCACGCGCUGCAACCGGCAGACAGGCUCCGGCCUCCAGGAUGCAAUCACAGCCUUCCAGAAGGCUGCAGGUGAGGAGACACACUAGAAUCACAAUGGGCUGUGACCCACAUGGCACCUUAUUCCCUAUAUAGUGCCAUUUGGGUCCAAUGGGCCCAGGUCAACAGUAGUGGACAGGCCCAGGUCAACAGUAGUGCCCAGGUCAACAUUCCUGAGUGGCACAGUGGUCUAAGGCGCUGCAUCGCAGUGCUAACUGUGCCACUAGAGAUCCUGGUUCGAAUCCAGGCUCUGUCGCAGCCGACCGCGACCGGGAGACUCAUGGGCGGCGCACAAUUGGCCCAGCGUCGUCCAGGGUAGGGGAGGGAAUGGCCGGCAGGGAUGUAGCUCAGUUGAUAGAGCAUGGCGUUUGCAACGCCAGGGUUGUGGGUUUGAUUCCCACGGGGGGCCAAUAUAAAAAAAUAUAUAUAUAUGUAUUCACUAACUGUAAGUCGCUCUGGAUAAGAGUACAGUACUGUCCCUCUGCAGUCAACCCAAUCUAGUACAGUACUGUCCCCCUGCAGUCAACCCAAACUAGUACAGUACUGUCCCUCUACAGUCAACCCAAUCUAGGACAGUACUGUCCCCCCCGCAGUCAACCCAAUCUAGUACAGUACUGUCCCCCUGCAGUCAACCCAAUCUAGGACAGUACUGUCCCUCUGCAGUCAACCCAAUCUAGUACAGUACUGUCCCCCUGCAGUCAACCCAAUCUAGUACAGUACUGUCCCUCUACAGUCAACCCAAUCUAGGACAGUACUGUCCCCCCCGCAGUCAACCCAAUCUAGUACAGUACUGUCCCUCUGCAGUCAACCCAAUCUAGUACAGUACUGUCCCUCUACAGUCAACCCAAUCUAGGACAGUACUGUCCCCCCCGCAGUCAACCCAAUCUAGUACAGUACUGUCCCUCUGCAGUCAACCCAAUCUAGUACAGUACUGUCCCCCUGCAGUCAACCCAAUCUAGUACAGUACUGUCCCUCUGCAGUCAACCCAAUCUAGUACAGUACUGUCCCUCUGCAGUCAACCCAAUCUAGUACAGUACUGUCCCUCUGCAGUCAACCCAAUCUAGUACAGUACUGUCCCUCUGCAGUCAACCCAAUCUAGUACAGUACUGUCUCUCUGCAGUCAACCCAAUCUAGUACAGUACUGUCCCUCUGCAGUCAACCCAAUCUAGUACAGUACUGUCCCUCUGCCGUCAACCCAAACUAAAGACCUCUUCCAUCGCUUCACUUUGUCAUCUACUGCAGAACAGGCUUUUGACUGGAGCUAGUUUCACUGUCUGGCAGAAAGCCACUGAGUUACCUUCUCUAGUUUCCCUGUCUCAAUUAUACUAUUCAUUGAUCUCAAUUAUACAAUACGGUGUAUUGAUGAUCAACUCCAGGACAUAGUCAGAUAGCUGAUGAUCAACUCCAGGACAUAGUUGUGGACCAUAUGUCUUUCAGCUCAGCCAGAAGAGAUUGAUCUGCUAUCCAGAUAGACUCUUGUUUUGGUUGACAGACUGACGGAAGGCCUCUUAUUUACAGUUCACACUGACAUACAGCCCUACCUUCUGUCCUGGUAACACACUGACAUACAGCCCUACCUUCUGUCCUGGUGACACACUGACAUACAGCCCUACCUUCUGUCCUGGUAACACACUGACAUACAGCCCUACCUUCUGUCCUGGUAACACACUGACAUACAGCCCUACCUUCUGUCCUGGUAACACACUGACAUACAGCCCUACCUUCUGUCCUGGUGACACACUGACAUACAGCCCUACCUUCUGUCCUGGUGACACACUGACAUACAGCCCUACCUUCUGUCCUGGUAACACACUGACAUACAGCCCUACCUUCUGUCCUGGUAACACACUGACAUACAGCCCUACCUUCUGUCCUGGUAACACACUGACAUACAGCCCUACCUUCUGUCCUGGUAACACACUGACAUACAGCCCUACCUUCUGUCCUGGUAACACACUGACAUACAGCCCUACCUUCUGUCCUGGUAACACACUGACAUACAGCCCUACCUUCUGUCCUGGUGACACACUGACAUACAGCCCUACCUUCUGUCCUGGUAACACACUGACAUACAGCCCUACCUUCUGUCCUGGUGACACACUGACAUACAGCCCUACCUUCUGUCCUGGUAACACACUGACAUACAGCCCUACCUUCUGUCCUGGUGACACACUGACAUACAGCCCUACCUUCUGUCCUGGUAACACACUGACAUACAGCCCUACCUUCUGUCCUGGUAACACACUGACAUACAGCCCUACCUUCUGUCCUGAUAACACACUGACAUACAGCCCUACCUUCUGUCCUGGUAACACACUGACAUACAGCCCUACCUUCUGUCCUGGUAACACACUGACAUACAGCCCUACCUUCUGUCCUGGUAACACACUGACAUACAGCCCUACCUUCUGUCCUGGUAACACACUGACAUACAGCCCUACCUUCUGUCCUGGUAACACACUGACAUACAGCCCUACCUUCUGUCCUGGUAACACACUGACAUACAGCCCUACCUUCUGUCCUGGUAACACACUGACAUACAGCCCUACCUUCUGUCCUGGUAACACACUGACAUACAGCCCUACCUUCUGUCCUGGUAACACACUGACAUACAGCCCUACCUUCUGUCCUGGUAACACACUGACAUACAGCCCUACCUUCUGUCCUGGUAACACACUGACAUACAGCCCUACCUUCUGUCCUGGUGACACACUGACAUACAGCCCUACCUUCUGUCCUGGUAAUACACUGACAUACAGCCCUACCUUCUGUCCUGGUAACACACUGACAUACAGCCCUACCUUCUGUCCUGGUAACACACUGACAUACAGCCCUACCUUCUGUCAAAUAACACACUGACAUACAGCCCUACCUUCUGUCCUGGUGACACACUGACAUACAGCCCUACCUUCUGUCCUGGUAACACACUGACAUACAGCCCUACCUUCUGUCCUGGUGACACACUGACAUACAGCCCUACCUUCUGUCCUGGUAACACACUGACAUACAGCCCUACCUUCUGUCCUGGUAACACACUGACAUACAGCCCUACCUUCUGUCCUGGUAACACACUGACAUACAGCCCUACCUUCUGUCCUGGUAACACACUGACAUACAGCCCUACCUUCUGUCCUGGUAACACACUGACAUACAGCCCUACCUUCUGUCCUGGUAACACACUGACAUACAGCCCUACCUUCUGUCCUGGUAACACACUGACAUACAGCCCUACCUUCUGUCCUGGUGACACACUGACAUACAGCCCUACCUUCUGUCCCAGAGAGUAUAAUGGCGUCAUGUUAAAGUCAGGGGGGGGUGAAAACAACAGUGGGCUAACUUGGAGCUACCGUUGUUAUGUUCGGUACAGGUGUGGCAAAUCAGGCCUGUGUUGGAACGCUCUGUGUUGAUGUGUCGAUAACACGCAUGUACGGACACGCACGGACACGCACAAACGCAUACUUACAAUUUUUACAAGUCACUCAAGGAGCCUGAGGUUGAACUCAAUUGGGACACAGUGGUGCUUCCCAAAUAAAAGCCAAUUUCCUACAUAGGGCGCUACCAUGACAGACCCUGAGAGAGAAAGGCUCUGUAAACACUACCGGGCUGGGAGGCCCUGAUAGAGAAAGGCUCUGUAAACACUACCGGGCUGGGAGGCCCUGAGAGAGAAAGGCUCAAUCACACUACAUCACUCUGUUCACUAUCUGAGAGAACUUCCGUAAUAAGUGAGUCUACAGCUGUAGAAAUCACUGAACACAAGCAUCGUGUUUACCUAGUGUUAUAAACUCUAAUUCACAGAGGAGGUAUACAGAGGGAAAACAAAAUGGCUGCUGUUUUUAUUUCUGCAGCCUCUGCAUUUAGGCUGGAUAUCUGUAAAGCACUCGGUGACAUCUGCUGCUGUAAAAAGGGCUUCAUAAAAUAAGUGUGAUUUUUAAUUUGAUUUAUGCUUUUGCUGAGGUCAGGCUGAGGUCAGGUCAGGAUUAGGUCAGUCUUGCUAACAGCAGGGUUACUAACAACCAGAGGUCCUCACCUCUCUGUCUGUCUGUGUCUCUCUGUGUAUGUCUCUGUCUCCCUCCGUCCUCAUCUCUCUGUCUGUCUGUGUCUCUCUGUGUAUGUCUCUGUCUCUCUCCGUCCUCACCUCUCUGUCUGUCUGUGUCUCUCUGUGUAUGUCUCUGUCUCUCUCCGUCCUCACCUCUCUGUCUGUCUGUGUCUCUCUGUGUACGUCUCUGUCUCUCUCCGUCCUCACCUCUCUGUCUGUCUCCCUAACACCGCCUGAAAAGCGCCCAUCAAUCACCUUUUCAUGGUGACAACAACGCCCUUAUUUACUGUUCACUGUGGAAGUUUUGGAAUUAGGCCAAGACUUAGCUAAAGGAAAUAGCAAUGGUGAACUUGAUCAAAUGUCUUUUGAAGGAGUUGGCAGAAUGUUUUCUUUUGCUGUAGACUAUCGGACAGUUUCUGAAAGAAAAUAAAUGAUUGUAAAUUGUUGUGGACCUGUAAACAGAUCGUUUGAAUUCAAUAAUGUUUUGCAUUUUACUUUUUCCCGAACCUAAAUAUGCUGCACUGCCCGCGAAUUCUAAAACGAUGUCUACUCUAAAAAAUAAAAUAAAAAUUAUACUGUAUGUUAAAAACCAAGCUAUCUUUCGGAUGCAUAGAGCAAAAACUAGAAAUUAUCAUCUAAUAGGCCCAAUUAAAUGAGAGAUGGUCAUUUAUUGUAUGGCUUCUUCAGUAUUAACCCCUCACGGCCAGAAAAGGUGAGGAAUUUAUAAUAAUAAUAAUAAUAAUAAUAAUAAUAAUAAUAAUAAUCAUAUGCCACUUAGCAGACGCUUUUAUCCAGAAAGUUAUACUGCAAUGGUUAGGAUAUAUGAUACAGUGCAUUCGGAAAGUAUUCAGACCCCUUGACUUUUUCCACAUUUUGUUACGUUACAGCCUUAUUCUAAAUUGGAUUAAAUAAAAAAAUGUCCUCAUCAAUCUACACACAAUACCCUAUAAUGACAAAGCGAAAACAGGUUUUUAGAAAUAUUUGCAAAUGUAUUAAAAAUAAGAGAUACCUUAUUUACAUAAGUAUUCAGACCCUUUGUUAUGAGACUCGAAAUUGAUCUCAGGUGCAUCCUGUUUCCAUUGAUCAUCCUUGACAUGUUUCUACAACUUGAUUGGAGUCUACCUGGGGUCAUUUCAAUUGAUUGGACAUGAUUUGGAAAGGCACACACCUGUCUAUAUAAGGUCCCACAGUUGACCGUGCAUGUCAGAGCAAAAACCAAGCCAUGAGGUCGAAGGAAUUGUCCGUAGAGCUCCAAGACAGGAUUGUGUCGAGGCACAGAUCUGGGGAAGGGUACAAAAACAUUUCUGCAGCAUUGAAGGUCCCCAAGAACACAGUGGCUUCCAUAAUUCUUAAACAGAAGAAGUUUUGAACCACCAAGACUCUUCCUAGAGCUGGCUGCCCGGCCAAACUGAGCAAUCGGGGGAGAAGGGCCUUGGUCAGGGAGGUGACAGAGCUCAGACCAUGAGAAACAAGAUUCUCUGCUCUGAUGAAACCGAGAUUGAAAUCUUUGGCCUGAAUGCCAAGCGUCACGUCUGGAGGAAACAUGGCACCAUUACUACGGUGAAGCAUUGUGGUGGCAGCAUCAUGCUGUGGGGAUGAUUUUCACCGGCAGGGACUGGGAGACUAGUCAGGAUCAAGGCAAAGAUGAACAGAGCAAAGUACAGAGUGAUCCUUGAUGAAAACCUGCUUCAGCGCGCUCAGGACCUCAGACUGGGGUGAAGGUUCACCUUCCAACAGGACAACCACACUAAGCACACAGCCGAGACAAUGCAGGAGUGGCUUCGGGACAAGUCUCUGAAUGUCCUUGAGUGGCCCAGCCAGAGCCCGGACUUGAACCCGAUCGAACAUCUCUGGAGAGACCUGAAAAUAGCUGUGCAGCGACGCUCCCCAUCCAACCUGACAGAGCUUGAGAGGAUCUGCAGAGAAGAAUGGGAGAAACUCCCCAAAUACAGGUGUGCCAAGCUUGUAGCAUCAUACCCAAGAAGACUCGAGGCUGUAAUUUACAUUUUACAUUUUUACAUUUUAGUCAUUUAGCAGACGCUCUUAUCCAGAGCGACUUACAGUUAGUGAAUACAUAUAUAUAUAUAUAUUUUUAUAUUGGCCCCCCCUGGGAAACGAACCCACAACCCUGGCGUUGCAAACGCCAUGCUCUAUCAACUGAGCUACAUCCCUGCCGGCCAUUCCCUCCCCUACCCUGGACGACGCUGGGCCAAUUGUGCGCCGCCCAUGAGUCUCCCGGUCGCGGCCAGCUGCGACAGAGCCUGGAUUCAAACCAGGAUCUCUAGUGGAACAGUUAGCACUGCGAUGCAGUGCCUUAGACCACUGCGCCACUCAGGAGUAAUCUCUGCCAAAGGUGCUUCAACAAAGUACUGAGCAAAGGGUCUGAAUACUUAUGUAAAUGUGAUAUUUGAGUUCUUUAUUUUUAAAGUGCGCUAAUGUGAUUAGCAUGACUGUUGUAAGUACCGGCAAACUUUCCAGGACAUAGACAUGUCUUUAUAUGGGCAGAAAGUUUAAAUUAUUUUUAAUCUGUGAGUACUCAUGGUCUAAUGUUAGAAACGGUGAGUACUCAUGGUCUAAUGUUAGAAACGGUGAGUACUCAUGGUCUAAUGUUAGAAACGGUGAGUACUCAUGGUCUAAUGUUAGAAACGGUGAGUACUCAUGGUCUAAUGUUAGAAACGGUGAGUACUCAUGGUCUGAUGUUAGAAACGGUGAGUACUCAUGGUCUGAUGUUAGAAACGGUGAGUACUCAUGGUCUGAUGUUAGAAACGGUGAGUACUCAUGGUCUAAUGUUUGAAACUGUGAGUACUCAUGGUCUAAUGUUAGAAACUGAGUACUCAUGGUCUGAUGUUAGCGGGAGUAUAAAAGGAUUAGCACAUUCUCACGUCAAGUUCAGUUUUUAUAAAUGCAAAUUCUUGCAUGAAAACUGGCGCAUGCAUGUUUUGGGGCAUAUUUUAUCCGUAUGCAGCGUUUAGAAAUGAGUCCUGAACCACCUGAAGGAGACGUUCACCCACACCUCCCAGCUAUGACGUGAGUCCCUCCAUGCUCAGCUCAGCUCAGCUCAGCUCACCUCCCCCCUCUCUCUCUCUCUCUCUCUCUGUGUCUCCCCCUGUAGGAGUCCUGCACCACCUGAAGGAGACGUUCACCCACACCCCCAGCUACGACAUGAGCCCCUCCAUGCUCAGCAUGCUCAUCAAGAUGAUGCUGGCUCAAGCUCAGGAGUGUCUGUUUGAGAAAAUCGCUCUGUCUGGCAUCCGCAAUGAGUUCUUCUCUCUCCUCAAGAUGGCCCAGGAGGCUGCCAAGGUACAUGGACAAUACAUUUUCAUCGUUUACACGGUCUACAGGCUAAUACAGAUGGAUUGAUAUUGAUUAAUUUGCUAUAGAUAGAUUUUAUGGAUUGGUCUGAUGUUCAAUGGGUAGCAUUCAACACAUACAGAUCUGCUUUGCCCUAAUAGUGUUUGUUUUAGAGUUUAACCUCAACGCUAUAAUGAGCUCCAUUAUCUAAGACAGUAUGGCACUUCCCGUCUCACAGAUCCCUUUGAGGUGGGUCUGACUAAAGAGCAGGAAAGGUCAUCCUGUAACAAUAUAACAGUACCUCCCAAAUGGCACCCCAUUCCCUAUUUAGUGCACUAAGGCUCUGGUCAAAAGUAGUGCACUAUAUAGGGAAUAGGGUGCCAUUGAGCUCUGCUCAAAAGUAGUGCACUAUAUAGGGAAUAGGAUGCAUACUAUAACACUACAUCUCUAUGUCCCCUCUCAGGUAGGAGACACCUAUGGCCAGGUCCACCAGUCUAUGAGCCAGACUCCCAUCAAAGACAACGUCCCGUUCUUCUGGUCCACCAUGGCUCAGGUCAAGACCAACCACUACCGCUCACUGGCACACUACUUCCUGGCUACCGCUCUGUUGGACCACCAGCGUAAGUCAAGCAGCCAUUAGCCAAUCAUAUCCCUUAUAUGCGUGAUCGGUAGGGAGGGAGGGAGAGGGAGAGGAAGAGGGAGGGAGAGAGGGAGAGGAAGAGGGAGGGAGAGAGGGAGACAAGGAGAGCGGGAGAGAGUGAGAUGUGUAAUGCCUAUUAGUUACUAGAUGAGUUUCCUGGACCUUACUGAAACAGAGUGGUUCUAUUAGUUACUAGAUGGGUUUCCUGGACCUUACUGAAACAGAGUGGUUCUAUUAGUUACUAGAUGGGUUUCCUGGACCUUACUGAAACAGAGUGGUUCUAUUAGUUACUAGAUGGGUUUCCUGGACCUUACUGAAACAGAGUGGUUCUAUUAGUUACUAGAUGGGUUUCCUGGACCUUACUGAAACAGAGUGGUUCUAUUAGUUACUAGAUGGGUUUCCUGGACCUUACUGAAACAGAGUGGUUCAUUCACCUCCUCCUUCCUCUCACAUCCCAAAGACGACAUCUCAGGUAUCAGUUUAAAUAGACUUUAAUGGACUCUCCUCAUCAAGACCUUUAGUGGAAUCUCCCAACUGGGACCUUUAGUUUUCUAAAGAGGACAGAAAGAGAGAGCAGUGUAGAGUUUGAAUCGGUACCACCAUGGUCAGUUAUAUAACACUUCUUUGUGUUGCUCAAACCAAACUGUCUCGGUCCCAGGCUGGAUCUGUCCUCUGGUUAGAGGGACACUGCCAACAGCCAAGGCUACAUCCCAAAUGGUACCCUAUAUAGUGCACUACUUUUGACCAGAGGGGUAUGACCAUGGCACCCUAUUCCCUAUAUAGUGCACUACUUUUGACCAGAGGGGUAUGACCAUGGCACCCUAUUCCCUAUAUAGUGCACUACUUUUGACCAUGGAACUAAUCAUGUCCAAAUGGAUCAACUAAACUAAUCAUGUCCUGAUGGUGUCCCUGCAUUGGCAGAGAGGAGGGAUUGCAUAAAACUCAAACCUUGAUUGAAAGGCAGAAUUGUGUGUAAUAUCUGUGCAAAUAGAUAAACUAAACUAUCCCUGUGUGUUUCCAUGUCCUAAUCCUGUCUCUGUGUGUUGCCAUGUCCUAAUCCUGUCUCUGUGUUGCCAUGUCCUAAUCCUGUCUCUGUGUUGCCAUGUCCUUCUCCUGUCUCUGUGUUGCCACGUCCUUCUCCUGUCUCUGUGUUGCCAUGUCCUUCUCCUGUCUCUGUGUUGCCAUGUCCUAAUCCUGUCUCUGUGUUGCCAUGUCCUUCUCCUGUCUCUGUGUUGCCAUGUCCUAAUCCUGUCUCUGUGUUGCCAUGUCCUUCUCCUGUCUCUGUGUUUCCAUGUCCUUCUCCUGUCUCUGUGUUGCCAUGUCCUUCUCCUGUCUCUGUGUUGCCACGUCCUUCUCCUGUCUCUGUGUUGCCAUGUCCUUCUCCUGUCUCUGUGUUGCCAUGUCCUUCUCCUGUCUCUGUGUUGCCAUGUCCUUCUCCUGUCUCUGUGUUGCCAUGUCCUUCUCCUGUCUCUGUGUUGCCAUGUCCUUCUCCUGUCUCUGUGUUGCCAUGUCCUAAUCCUGUCUCUGUGUUGCCAUGUCCUUCUCCUGUCUCUGUGUGUUGCCAUGUCCUAAUCCUGUCUCUGUGUUGCCAUGUCCUAAUCCUGUCUCUGUGUUGCCAUGUCCUAAUCCUGUCUCUGUGUUGCCAUGUCCUAAUCCUGUCUCUGUGUUGCCAUGUCCUAAUCCUGUCUCUGUGUUGCCAUGUUCUAAUCCUGUCUCUGUGUUGCCAUGUCCUUCUCCUGUCUCUGUGUUGCCAUGUCCUAAUCCUGUCUCUGUGUUGCCAUGUCCUUCUCCUGUCUCUGUGUUGCCAUGUCCUAAUCCUGUCUCUGUGUUGCCAUGUCCCAAUCCUGUCUCUGUGUGUUGCCAUGUCCUAAUCCUGUCUCUGUGUGUUGCCAUGUCCUAAUCCUGUCUCUGUGUUGCCAUGUUCUAAUCCUGUCUCUGUGUUGCCAUGUCCUAAUCCUGUCUCUGUCUUGCCAUGUCCUAAUCCUGUCUCUGUGUUGCCAUGUCCUUCUCCUGUCUCUGUGUUGCCAUGUUCUAAUCCUGUCUCUGUGUUGCCAUGUCCUUCUCCUGUCUCUGUGUUGCCAUGUCCUAAUCCUGUCUCUGUGUUGCCAUGUCCUAAUCCUGUCUCUGUGUGUUGCCAUGUCCUAAUCCUGUCUCUGUGUUGCCAUGUCCUAAUCCUGUCUCUGUGUUGCCAUGUCCUAAUCCUGUCUCUGUGUUGCCAUGUCCUAAUCCUGUCUCUGUGUUGCCAUGUCCUAAUCCUGUCUCUGUGUUGCCAUGUCCUAAUCCUGUCUCUGUCUUGCCAUGUCCUAAUCCUGUCUCUGUGUUGCCAUGUCCUAAUCCUGUCUCUGUGUUGCCAUGUCCUAAUCCUGUCUCUGUGUUGCCAUGUCCUAAUCCUGUCUCUGUGUGUUUCCAUGUCCUAAUCCUGUCUCUGUGUGUUUCCAUGUCCUAAUCCUGUCUCUGUGUUGCCAUGUCCUAAUCCUGUCUCUGUGUUGCCAUGUCCUUCUCCUGUCUCUGUGUUGCCAUGUCCUAAUCCUGUCUCCGGUCUGUGUUUUUUUCCAGUGAGACCCAGUGAUGAUGAGGACCAACAGGAGAAGGCUCUGUCCCAGGUGUAUGAUGCCAUGCCAGAUGGCCGCUCCCCGCUCGACAUCCUCAGGAAGAGAGAGGAGAGACGCCACAUCGGUAAGGCCCAUAGGCCCGAAGCCCAAUACUGUGUUUCCGCGGUCCUUUAUUAUGUGUGGUUGAGGUCUAGAUCCAGUCAUUUAAACAGUCUCUGACUGUCUGGACUCUACACACCUGCUGUGUUUGAAUCCUCAUACUAACCGCACUGACCGUACUAUUUGUGACGUAAAUUGAGGAUGUAGUAUGUUUAUUGGUCAUGGUAUGGAUGUAGUUAGUAUGCCAAAAGUUCCCGGAUGCUACAUUCGUCAAAAUACGAGGUAUACAAGCAGUGGACACUAUUUUCGUGCUUUUAGGGCCCAUAAUGCAAUUCUUCAGAAAAUGGGCGUGGCUUCACAACGUUUUCAGAUUUGAAGAAAAUGGCCGAAGUCCGACGAGAGCGGAUACAAAUUCAUUGAUUUAACUAAUUAUGACAAAUGUUAAGAAAAUGUUGAGCAAUGUAAUAAAGUAAUGACUUUUCAAACAAGUUACGCUACACGUUAUGUUGGCUGAUAAUUUGUUAGCUACGCUAUCCUUACGAACCGCAUAGCAUAUCAUUACAGCAGUAUGUACCGGUAUGUUAGCUAGCUACCUCGUUACUUGGCUAUUAAUACAUCGUACUUACCAGUAUAUUAAGCAUAUGCUACCUAACUAACUACCCAACGUUUAUUGACUUCAUUAUUCACGACAUUCUUAGCUAAGUGGUAUAGUCGCUGUGCGUUCUCAAUGGACAUAAAUUCGCUCUGGCUAUCUACUCUGAUUUCAGAGCACUCUCGUCUGAUUGUGCCAGAGCACAGAAUAACUGAUGAAUUUACGAUAGCUCAACACCUGCUGAAUAUGGCCAGUGUCAGUAAACAUCGGCAAAAAAGCGUAAUUAAAUUGUUGCCAGCAGCACAGGAUAACAUAAAAACAGCCUAACCAGCUCUGCUAGGGCGAGUAAAAUGGUCAGUGAGGUGUUCUCUCAUUUGUGUCCGGAAGUAGCUAGCCAGUUAGCUUGGGUGCUUGACUGCCGUUGUGAUGGUCAGAAUGCUCGGAUCAAUUCAAAUCGGGAGUGCCAGUGUGCGCUCUGAACGCUCCGAGAGGGAAACACUCUGAAUUUACGAACGCUCAGAGCGCACUCUGGCACUCCCGAUUUGAAUUUACCUGCUACCUGUGUAUACAACCAUGUUAUUACCUGGUACCCCUGUAUAUAGCCAUGUUAUUACCUGGUACUUCCUGUAUAUAACCAUGUUAUUACCUGGUACUUCCUGUAUAUAGCCAUGUUAUUACCUGGUACUCUCUGUAUAUAGCCAUGCUAUUACAUGGUACUCUCUGUAUAUAGCCAUGUUAUUACAUGGUACUCUCUGUAUAUAGCCAUGUUAUUACCUGGUACUUCCUGUAUAUAGCCAUGUUAUUACCUGGUACUCCCUGUAUAUAGCCAUGUUAUUACCUGGUACUUCCUGUAUAUAGCCAUGUUAUUACCUGGUACUUCCUGUAUAUAGCCAUGUUAUUACCUGGUACUUCCUGUAUAUAGCCAUGUUAUUACCUGGUACUUCCUGUAUAUAGCCAUGUUAUUACCUGGUACUUCCUGUAUAUAGCCAUGUUAUUACCUGGUACUUCCUGUAUAUAGCCAUGUUAUUACCUGGUACUUCCUGUAUAUAGCCAUGUUAUUACCUGGUACUUCCUGUAUAUAGCCAUGUUAUUACCUGGUACCCUAUGGACUGAGUCUAAACAGGAUCCAUUUUGUUUUUACCUGUAUCCUUACUCAUACCCACCUGCCUCCCCUCUCUCCCUCCUCAACCUCUCCUCCCCUCUUCUUCUCCCACCUCCCCUCGCCUCCCUCUCUCCACCUCACAUCCACCUUCCCUCUCCUCCCUCAUCCGCCUCCACCCUCCUCCUCCCUCCCCUCUCCUCCUCCCUCCCUCCCCUCUCCUCCUCCCUCCCUCCCCUCUCCACCCUCCCCUCUCCACCUCCCCUAUCCUCCUCCCUCUCCUCUCCUCCUCCACCUCCCCUCUCCUCCUCCCUCCCCUCCCCUCUCCUCCUCCCCUCUACUCCACUCUCCUCCUCCACCUCCCCUCUCCUCCUCCACCUGCCCUCUCCACCUCCUCCACUUCCCCUUUCCUCCCCCUCUCCCUCCCCCAGGUAAGGCCCACCUGCGGCGGGCUGUGAUGGGUCAUGAGGAGGGUCUGAGGAUCCAUGGUCUGUGUCGUCACCUCAGGAAGCUGGACGUCCUCCAGGACAUUCUCCAGGCCAGUCACAAACGCUCCCUGGCCAAGUUCAAUGACAACAACCAAGACGACGAGUUCACAGACUACCUGGAGGCACCAGACAUCAUCUGUGAGUGAACCUCUUAUUGGCAACUCAAUCAACCAAUCAACAACUUUUAUUUAAAAAAAAAAAAAAACGUUUUACUUCAACGUCAGCUCUGUCUCCACAUUACUGUUCAUUUAAUACACUGAGAUAGGGUCUCGCUAUUGGACAUCAUUAUAAUUGUUGGGUUACAUUUGUGUGUGGAUUGUAAGACUAGAGAUAACAUACAAUGUAGCUUCCUAAAUGUUCUCAUGUGAAAUAACCUUAAACAACCUUCUAAUUACCUUUUUUAGAUAGUCGUUUAGUAGUUCCAGGUGAUGUGAUGAUCUAUUGUUUACUGUCAACAUGUAGCCAACCUGGCACCCCCCCCCCCCCCCCCCCCCGUACUACUCUACUCCAGAGGAGGUUGCCAGGUUGUGUAGUUGUGAUAACAAACAAACAGCAUGAUAAAGGCCUAUUUUUCCCUCCUCAGCUAAAACGGAGCACAAGGCGGAGAUGGAAAUGCCCAUGUCCACUAAGGUGAAGGUCACAGACUUUUUCCGGAGGCUGGUAUGUGGGCUACUAAUUUUAACAUUCUAACAUUUUCAGGGCCGGUUUCCCGGACACAGAUUUAAACCUAGACCUGGACCAUAAAGCAUGGUGAAUGGAGAAUCACCAUUGACUCUUAAACUCCUUUAUAGUCUAGGACUAAGCUUAAUCUGUGUCCGGGAAACCGGCCCUUCAUGUAAAGUAUGUAUGGUUUAUUCAGAAAUUGGCAUUACAAAGCUCUGGAUUUGUUUUGUUUUUUUAAACAAAAUGUUUUCAGUUAAAUUCAGUUCAACUUGUUCUAAACACCCAGAUCGUGUUGUGCUGUUUUCUGAAUCCACCCCAACAGAACCACAUUGUCUUGGUGAAUCAAUAACAUUUAACAGUGGUGUUGAACUCUGUUAAUACCCCUAUUUACUCAGUCACAUUGUCUUGGUGAAUCAAUAACAUUUAACAGUGGUGUUGCACUCUGUUAAUACCCCUAUUUACUCAGUCACAUUGUCUUGGUGAAUCAAUAACAUUUAACAGUGGUGUUGAACUCUGUUAAUACUCCUAUUUACUCAGUCACAUUGUCUUGGUGAAUCAAUAACAUUUAACAGUGGUGUUGAACUCUGUUAAUACUCCUAUUUACUCAGUCACAUUGUCUUGGUGAAUCAAUAACAUUUAACAGUGGUGUUGAACUCUGUUAAUACUCCUAUUUACUCAGUCACAUUGUCUUGGUGAAUCAAUAACAUUUAACAGUGGUGUUGAACUAACAGGUUGCAGCCCAAAUGGCACCUAAUCUAUUCCCUACAUAAUGCACUACUUUUGACCAGGCCCCAUAGUGCCAUUUGGGACGCAAACUAACAGUCCUAUCAGGGUUGGUUGUCCAUGGUAAAUUAUCAUAACAACCUGUCCGUCUCCCCCCACCCCACACUAACAGACCUACAGUGAGGGGAAAAAAAGUAUUUGAUCCCCUGGUGAUUUUGUACGUUUGCCCACUGACAAAGAAAUUAUCAGUCUAUAAUUUUAAUGGUUGGUUUAUUUGAACAGUGAGAGACAGAAUAACAACAAAAUAAUCCAGAAAAACGCAUGUAAAAAAUGUUAUGAAUUGAUUUGCAUUUUAAAUGAGGGAAAUAAAUAUUUGACCCCCUCUCAAUCAGAAAGAUUUCUGGCUCCCAGGUGUCUUUUAUACAGGUAACGAGCUGAGAUUAGCAGCACACUCUUAAAGGGAGUGCUCCUAAUCUCAGCUUGUUACCUGUAUAAAAGACACCUGUCCACAGAAGCAAUCAAUCAAUCAGAUUCCAAACUCUCCACCAUGGCCAAGACCAAAGAGCUCUCCAAGGAUGUCAGGGACAAGAUUGUAGACCUACACAAGGCUGGAAUGGGCUACAAGACCAUCGCCAAGCAGCUUGGUGAGAAGGUGACAACAGUUGGUGCGAUUAUUCGCAAAUGGAAGAAACACAAAAUAACUGUAAAUCUCCAUCGGCCUGGGGCUCCAUGCAAGAUCUCACCUCGUGGAGUUGCAAUGAUCAUGACAACGGUGAGGAAUCAGCCCAGAACUACACGGGAGGAUCUUGUCAAUGAUCUCAAGGCAGCUGGGACCAUAGUCACCAAGAAAACAAUUGGUAACACACUACGCCGUGAAGGACUGAAAUCCUGCAGCGCCCGCAGGGUCCCCCUGCUCAAGAAAGCACAUAUACAUGCCGUCUGAAGUUUGCCAAUGAACAUCUGAAUGAUUCAGAGGAGAACUGGGUGAAUGUGUUGUAGUCAGAUGAGACCAAAAUGGAGCUCUUUGGCAUCAACUCAACUCGCCGUGUUUGGAGGAGGAGGAAUGCUGCCUAUGACCCCAAGAACACCAUCCCCACCGUCAAACAUGGAGGUGGAAACAUUAUGCUUUGGGGGUGUUUUUCUGCUAAGGGGACAGGACAACUUCACCGCAUCAAAGGGACAUGGACGGGAACAUGUACCGUCAAAUCUUGGGUAAGAACCUCCUUCCCUCAGCUAGGGCAUUGAAAAUGGGUCGUGGAUGGGUAUUCCAGCAUGACAAUGACCCAAAACACACGGCCAAGGCAACAAAGGAGUGGCUCAAGAAGAAGCACAUUAAGGUCCUGGAGUGGCCCAGCCAGUCUCCAGAUCUUAAUCCCAUAGAAAAUCUGUGGAGGGAGCUGAAGGUUCGAGUUGCCAAACGUCAGCCUCGAAACCUUAAUGAAUUGGAGAAGAUCUGCAAAGAGGAGUGGGAUAAAAUCCCUCCUGAGAUGAGUGCAAACCUGCUGGCCAACUACAAGAAACGUCUGACCUCUGUGAUUGCCAACAAGGGUUUUGCCACCAAGUACUAAGUCAUGUUUUGCAGAGGGGUCAAAUACUUAUUUCCCUCAUUAAAAUGCAAAUCAAUUUAUAACAUUUUUGACAUGUGUUUUUCUGGAUUCAUUUGUUGUUAUUCUGUCUCUCACUGUUCAAAUAAACCUACCAUUAAAAUUAUAGACUGAUCAUGUCUUUGUCAGUGGGCAAACGUACAAAAUCAGCAGGGGAUCAAAUGCUUUUUCCCCUCACUGUAUCAGGGUUGGGUGUCCAUGGUAAGUUAUCAUAACAACCUGUCCGUCUCCCCCCCCCCUCCAGGGUCCUCUGUCGGUGUUCUCUGCUAAGCAACGCUGGACAGCUCCUCGCACCGUCAGGCUGAAACUGGAGGACAGAGACCUGGGCUUCACCCUGAGAGGAGACCCUGUACCUGUGCAGGUCACCUCCCUGGACCCACUCUGCCCUUCCGCUGUGAGUAUACUGUACUACUGGUUACUGGGGGGAAGGGUUAGGCUGACGGGAGGAAGGGUUUUGGUGAUGCACACUGGUCACCUUCCUAGACCCACCCUGCCCCGCCGCUGUGAGUGACAUACAUACACUGUCUGAUUAUUGUGUCAUAAAGGGUGGAUGACUUUGAACAAGACUAGAUGAUGUCUUUUAACUUUUAACUCCGUUUUGUAAAUCAUUCAUGUUGACCUCAAAUGAAACCUCCACAUCUGCCUGUGGAUCAUCAUAACCCUUCCCCUCUCUCUGGCCUGUGUGUGCGGCAGCAUAACCCUUCCCCUCUCUCUGGCCUGUGUGUGCGGCAGCAUAACCCUUCCCCUCUCUCUGGCCUGUGUGUGCGGCAGCAUAACCCUUCCCCUCUCUCUGGCCUGUGUGUGCGGCAGCAUAACCCUUCCCCUCUCUCUGGCCUGGGCAGCAUAACCCUUCCCCUCUCUCUGGCCUGUGUGUGUCGCAGCAUAACCCUUCCCCUCUCUCUGGCCUGUGUGUGCGGCAGCAUAACCCUUCCCCUCUCUCUGGCCUGUAUGGGCGGCAGCAUAACCCUUCCCCUCUCUCUGGCCUGUAUGGGCGGCAGCAUAACCCUUCCCCUCUCUCUGGCCUGUGUGUGCGGCAGCAUAACCCUUCCCCUCUCUCUGACCUGUGUGUGCGGCAGCAUAACCCUUCCCCUCUCUCUGGCCUGUGUGUGCGGCAGCAUAACCCUUCCCCUCUCUCUGGCCUGUAUGGGCGGCAGCAUAACCCUUCCCCUCUCUCUGGCCUGGGCAGCAUAACCCUUCCCCUCUCUCUGGCCUGUGUGUGCGGCAGCAUAACCCUUCCCCUCUCUCUGGCCUGUGUGUGCGGCAGCAUAACCCUUCCCCUCUCUCUGGCCUGUAUGGGCGGCAGCAUAACCCUUCCCCUCUCUCUGGCCUGUGUGUGCGGCAGCAUAACCCUUCCCCUCUCUCUGGCCUGUAUGGGCGGCAGCAUAACCCUUCCCCUCUCUCUGGCCUGUAUGGGCGGCAGCAUAACCCUUCCCCUCUCUCUGGCCUGUGUGUGCGGCAGCAUAACCCUUCCCCUCUCUCUGACCUGUGUGUGCGGCAGCAUAACCCUUCCCCUCUCUCUGGCCUGUGUGUGCGGCAGCAUAACCCUUCCCCUCUCUCUGGCCUGUAUGGGCGGCAGCAUAACCCUUCCCCUCUCUCUGGCCUGGGCAGCAUAACCCUUCCCCUCUCUCUGGCCUGUGUGUGCGGCAGCAUAACCCUUCCCCCAUUAACACAGUGCAGGUGAAUGUCUAAUUUCCAUAAGAAGGGUUUGACCUAAACAGUUACUCUGCCACAGUCACUGUCACAGCCUGUAACACCGGUCUGUACUCUGCAGUCUCCUGGUGCUAAUCAUCUAGGAAUAAUUAGUGAUUACCCAAAGAGGACGAACUUUGAAUUAGUUUGAAUUGAUCAUUACAGAGCAGCCAUCAGACGGACUCCAAUAGGGUGCUGCUCAGAGCCAAGACCGACGUAAUAAAACACCCAGUCAAACAUGAAACGCACUGUUCUAAUUCCCCUCCAGAGUUCCCCUAAUGAACCGUUCAUUAGUAACAUUAUGUACCAACAACAACAACCCUAAAAAUAGAAAUCCCUCAAUUCCUGGAAAUAUAACAAUAGUGUUUACCUUAUGGUGGGGGCUUUGUUGGCUCCUCCCAACCCUCCCCCUCCCUCCCUCCCUCCCUCCCUCCCUCCCCAUCCCUCCCUCCCCCUCCCUCCAUCCCCCCCUCCCUCCCUCCCUCCCUCCCUCCCUCCCCCCUCCCUCCCUCCAUCCCUCCUCCCCUCCCUCCCUCCCUCCCUCCCUCCCUCCCUCCCUCCCUCCCUCCCUCCCUCCCUCCCUCCUCCUCUUCUGCUAAUUUCAUUAGAAUUUCAGUCAGAAUGCUCAUUAAUAGCUGCUAACAAAGACCAGAGCCUGAUUAGGACCAACUGACUAGACCAGAGCAGAGCCUGAUUAGGACCAACUGACUAGACCAGACCAGAGCCUGAUUAGGACCAACUGACUAGACCAGAGCAGAGCCUGAUUAGGACCAACUGACUAGACCAGACCAGAGCCUGAUUAGGACCAACUGACUAGACCAGAGCAGAGCCUGAUUAGGACCAACUGACUAGACCAGACCAGAGCCUGAUUAGGACCAACUGACUAGACCAGAGCAGAGCCUGAUUAGGACCAACUGACUAGACCAGAGCAGAGCCUGAUUAGGACCAACUGACUAGACCAGAGCAGAGCCUGAUUAGGACCAACUGACUAGACCAGAGCAGAGCCUGAUUAGGACCAACUGACUAGACCAGACCAGAGCCUGAUUAGGACCAACUGACUAGACCAGAGCAGAGCCUGAUUAGGACCAAUGACUAGACCAGACCAGAGCCUGAUUAGGACCAACUGACUAGACCAGACCAGAGCCUGAUUAGGACCAACUGACUAGACCAGAGCAGAGCCUGAUUAGGACCAACUGACUAGACCAGAGCAGAGCCUGAUUAGGACCAACUGACUAGACCAGACCAGAGCCUGAUUAGGACCAACUGACUAGACCAGAGCAGAGCCUGAUUAGGACCAACUGACUAGACCAGACCAGAGCCUGAUUAGGACCAACUGACUAGACCAGAGCAGAGCCUGAUUAGGACCAACUGACUAGACCAGAGCAGAGCCUGAUUAGGACCAACUGACUAGACCAGAGCAGAGCCUGAUUAGGACCAACUGACUAGACCAGAGCAGAGCCUGAUUAGGACCAAUGACUAGACCAGAGCAGAGCCUGAUUAGGACCAACUGACUAGACCAGAGCAGAGCCUGAUUAGGACCAACUGACUAGACCAGAGCAGAGCCUGAUUAGGACCAAUGACUAGACCAGAGCAGAGCCUGAUUAGGACCAACUGACUAGACCAGAGCAGAGCCUUUUUAGGACCAACUGACUAGACCAGAGCAGAGCCUGAUUAGGACCAACUGACUAGACCAGAGCAGAGCCUGAUUAGGACCAACUGACUAGACCAGAGCAGAGCCUGAUUAGGACCAACUGACUAGACCAGAGCAGAGCCUGAUUAGGACCAACUGACUAGACCAGAGCAGAGCCUGAUUAGGACCAACUGACUAGACCAGAGCAGAGCCUGAUUAGGACCAAUGACUAGACCAGAGCAGAGCCUGAUUAGGACCAAUGACUAGACCAGAGCAGAGCCUGAUUAGGACCAUCUGACUAGACCAGAGCAGAGCCUGAUUAGGACCAACUGACUAGACCAGAGCAGAGCCUGAUUAGGACCAAUGACUAGACCAGAGCAGAGCCUGAUUAGGACCAACUGACUAGACCAGAGCAGAGCCUGAUUAGGACCAACUGACUAGACCAGAGCAGAGCCUGAUUAGGACCAACUGACUAGACCAGAGCAGAGCCUGAUUAGGACCAACUGACUAGACCAGAGCAGAGCCUGAUUAGGACCAACUGACUAGACCAGAGCAGAGCCUGAUUAGGACAAAUGACUAGACCAGAGCAGAGCCUGAUUAGGACCAACUGACUAGACCAGAGCAGAGCCUGAUUAGGACCAACUGACUAGACCAGAGCAGAGCCUGAUUAGGACCAACUGACUAGACCAGAGCAGAGCCUGAUUAGGACCAACUGACUAGACCAGAGCAGAGCCUGAUUAGGACCAAUGACUAGACCAGAGCAGAGCCUGAUUAGGACCAAUGACUAGACCAGAGCAGAGCCUGAUUAGGACCAACUGACUAGACCAGAGCAGAGCCUGAUUAGGACCAACUGACUAGACCAGAGCAGAGCCUGAUUAGGACCAACUAACUAGACCAGAGCAGAGCCUGAUUAGGACCAACUGACUAGACCAGACCAGAGCCUGGGGCCUGGGGCUCAAUCCAUCACAACUCCUUUAUAACUCUAAACUUGAUUCAACAGGAUUUAAUUUGAUUUAUUGAUUGAUUGUUCACUUUGAGUUUACUUGGUACAGUCCAUGGGGUAAAGUUGAUAGUUGGUCAGGAAUGAACACAGUGUUGUCCUGUACAAAGGUCUGGCUAGUUGACCUUGGUGUGAGGGUGAGGCAAACAGGCCCAACCCCCACUCUUACACUAGCCCAAGCCAAUGGCAUGUACCAGAUGCUCAGCAGGCUCUGCUCACACCUACUGGUCUGAGGCCAAACCACACGACUAACAACAUUAAACACUUUAUGGAACACAAAGACUUCACUAUUUCAUCCUGGAAUAUCCAAGGCCUGAGGUCAUCUGCCUUUGGCCUAAAGAGCAGGAACCUGGACUUCACCAAAGAAAUCCGAAAUACAGACAUUGUCAUCCUACAAGAAACAUGGUAUAGAGGAGACGGACCCACUGGUUGCCCUCUAGGUUACAGAGAGCUGGUAGUCCCAUCCACCAAACUACCAGGUGUGAAACAGGGAAGGGACUCAGGGGGUAUGCUAGUUUUGGUAUAGAGCAGACCUAACUCACUCUAUUCAAUUAAUCAAAACAGGAACAUUUUACAUUUGGCUAGAAAUUCAAAAGGAAAUUAUCUCAACAGAGAAAAAUUUCCUCCUGUGUGCUACCUAUAUCCCCCCCACUAGAAUCCCUGUACUUUAAUGAAUAAUACUAUGAUACAAUACCCCAAUAAUGACGAAGCCAAAACAAGUUUUUACAAUUAUUAGCAAAUAUAUACAAAAUAUAAAACGUACAUUUUACAUUUACAUAAGUAUUCAGACGAUUUACACAGUACUAUGUUGAAGCACCUUUGGCAGCGAUUACAGCCUCAAGUCUUCUUGGGUAUGACGUUACAAGUUUGGCACACCUGUAUUUGGGGGGUUUCUCCCAUUCUUCUCUGCAGAUCCUCUCAAGCUCUGUCAGGUUGGAUGGGGAGCGUUGCUGCACAGCUAUUUUCAGGUCUCUCCAGAGAUGUUAGAUCGGGUUCAAGUCCGGGCUCUGGCUGGGCCACUCAAGGACAUUCAGAGACUUGUCCCGAAGCCACUCCUGCGUUGUCUUGGCUGUGUGCUUAAGGUUGUUGUCCUGUUGGAAGGUGAACCUUCGCCCCAGUCUGAGGUCCUGAGCACUCUGGAGCAGGUGUUCAUGAAAGAUCUCUCUGUACUUUGCUCCGUUCAUCUUUCCCUCGACCCUGACUAGUCUCCCAGUCCCUGCCGCUGAAAAACAUCCCCACAGCAUGAUGCUGCCACCACCAUGCUUCACCGUAGGGAUGGUGCCAGGUUUCCUCCAGACGUGACGCUUGGAAGUCAGGCCAAAGAGUUCAAUCUUGGUUUCAUCAGACCAGAGAAUCUUAUUUCUCAUGGUCAGAGUCCUUUAGGUGCCUUUUGGCAAACUCCAAGCGGGCUGUCAUGUGCCUUUUACUGAGGCUACCAUAAAGGCCUGAUUGGUGGAGUGCUGCAGAGAUGGUUGUCCUUCUGGAAGGUUCUCCCAUCUCCACAGAGGAACUCUGGAGCUCUGUCAGAGUGACCAUCGAUUUCUCAGUUUAGCUGGGCGGCCAGCUCUAGGAAGAGUCUUGGUGGUUCCAAACUUCUUCUAUUUAAGAAUGAUGGAGGGCACUGUGUACUUGAGGACCUUCAAUGCUGCAGACAUAUUUUGGUACCCUUCCCCAGAUCUGUGCCUCGACAAAAUCUUGUCUCGGAGCUCUACGGACAAUUCCUUCGACCUCAUGGCUUGGUUUUUGCUCUGACAUGCACUGUCAACUGUGGGACCUUUAUAUAGACAGGUGUGUGCCUUUCCAAAUCAUGUCCAAUCAAUUGAAUUGACCACAGGUGGACUCCAGUCAAGUUGUAGAAACAUCUCAAGGAUGAUCAAUGGAAACAGGAUACACCUGAGAUCAAUUUCGAGUCUCAUAGCAAAGGGUCUGAAUACUUGUAAAUAAGGUAUUUCUGUUUUAGAGUUUUUAAUAAAUGUGCAAACAUUUCUAAAAACCUGUUUUCGCUUUGUCAUUUUGGGGUAUUGUGUGUAGAUUGAUGGGAAAAAACAAUGUAUUCCAUUUUAGAAUAAGGCUGUAACGUAACAAAAUGUGGAAAAAGUCAAGGGGUCUGAAUACUUUCCGAAUGCACUGUAUAUCCCCCCACUAGAGUCCCCAUACUUUAAUUAAGACAGCUGCUCCAUCCUAGAGGGGAAAUCAACCAUUUUCAGGCCCAGGGACAUGUACUAGUCUGUGGCGACCUAAAUGCCAGAACUGGACAAGAAAAGGGCAACCAGUGAAGAAUAAACACCAUUGGAAAUACAACCCAUGUUUAUUUAUUUUCCCUUUUGUACAUGCACAUAAUAUGACAUUUGAAAUGUCUUUAUUCUUUUGGAACUUCUGAGUGUAAUGUUUACUGUUAAUAUUUAAUGUUUAUUUCACUUUUGUUUACUAUCAACUUCACUUGCUUUGGCAAUGUUAACACACGUUUCCCAUGCCAAUAAAGCCCUUUGAAUUGAAUUGAGAGAGAUGCCUAUAUAGGGUACCAUUUCAGACAGCCAGUGCUAUUUCUGAGACUGUCCCCCCCUUGUGAAAAAACCUCCUUCCUCCAGUUGUUAAAAAUACUAAAUGUUGUUAUCUCUCUGUUACCAGGCCGACGGGCUGAAAGAGGGGGACUACAUUGUUGCCGUGGGAGACACUGACUGUAAGUGGAUGGGAGUGAGCGAGGUGAUGCGGCUGCUGAAGGAUGUGGACGAGAACGGGAUUGACAUUCGCGUUGUUAGCUUGAUGGACAGCGGCCUGCCCAUGGUAAGGUCCGCCCUCUGGCUCUGAUUGGCUCCUGAGGAAGCCUGGAAGGUCCUUAUUGGCUCCUUUCUGUUUUCUCAGUUGUGACUGACAGGCGACGGCAGAUAAAUUGCGUUAUGCAUGAAGUUGUUAUGGGUGCUGUCAAACUCUCAGCUUUCAAUGAGGAGGAGUUCCUCUCUUUCUCAGCUUGGUGAUUAUACAGAAGUUGCAGUUUCCCACGAGAAAGUGCUCUUUCUUUCAUUUAGUCAAAUGGAUAACUACUGCAUGAAGCAUUUAUAUUGUGUGACAAUACCCUGAUUUAAAAAAGUUCCACUAAUUUAAGUAGAAAUUAGAAAUGUUUAGUAUUUACCUGUAGUAAUAUCCUUUCCCUCCCUCCCUCCCCUUCUCUCAUCUCCCUCCCUCCCUCCCCUUCUCUCUCUCUCCCUCCCCUUCUCUCUCAUCUCCCUCCCUCCCCUUCUCUCAUCUCCCUCCCUCCCUCCCCUUCUCUCUCUCUCCCUCCCCUUCUCUCUCAUCUCCCUCCCCUUCUCUCUCAUCUCCCUCCCUCCCCUUCUCUCUCAUCUCCCUCCCUCCCCUUCUCUCAUCUCCCUCCCUCCUCCUCCCCUCUCUCUCUCAUCUCCCACUCUCUCCCUCACUCUCCCUCCCUCCUCUCCUGCUCCCAUCUCUCAUCUCUCUCCUCCCUCCCCUUCCCUCCCACUCCCUCCCUCCCUCCCCUUCUCUCUCUCCUCUCCCUCCCCUCUCUCUCAUCUCCCUCCCUCCCCUUCUCUUCAUCUCCUCCCUCCCUCCCUCCUCUCUCCUCUCAUCCUCCUCCCUUCUCGUCUCUCUCCCUCCCCUUCUCUCUCUCCCCUACCCUUCCUCUCUCUCCUCUCCUCCCCUUCCUCUCUCCUCUCCCUCCCUCCCCUCCCCUUCUCUCAUCUCCCUCCCUCCCUCCCUCCCUCCCCCUCUCUCUCUCAUCUCCCCCUCUCUCCCUCAUCUCUCUCCCUCCCUCCUCUCCUGCUCUCAUCUCUCUCUCUCCCUCUCUCCCCUCUCUCUCUCCCUUCCUCCCCUCAGCCCACUAAGAGUGCCACCUACUGCGGAGGCAUCCCUAAGACCUACUCCAUGAUCUGCCUGGCCUUUGACGACGACAAGAACCCCAAGGGCCGCAAGGUGUCCAAGAAGGGCUCCUUCCUCUCCUGGGGCCUGAAGAGCCACCUGAAGAGCUCCAGCACCCUUAGCCUCCCCACGGCAGACUACUCUGGCUCACUGCCUUGGAACAAACCGUGUCCCACCUUCCCUUCCUCCAGCUCCUACAAUGACUCAGCUCUCUACUAGGGAAGGACCUGAAACGGACUGGACUGUACACACGCUCUACUGGGUUCAGAGAAUACUGUGUUAGGAGUCCCAAAUGGCACCCUAUUCCUUAUAUAGUGCACUACU